AUGCAUGUGGAUGAUUCAGUCGUCCAUGAUGAUGAGGGAUUCGGGAGGAAAAAAAAGAAGCGUUCAUUUUUGCAAAGGCAAAAACGUUUUGCCAAGCAGGGAAGUUUUGGAAGAGGAACCCAGUUGAGUCAAGACAUGUACGAUUAUUUCAUAAACAUUGUCAAAGUGAUGAAUUCUAAAAAGGAAGAUGAAAGCGAAAUGACCAUUUUGGCAUCGAACGUUUUUCAAGAAAUCGAAGGAAAAGAAGGAGAAUAUUGUUGCAAUCAAAUAAUAUCGAGAGCUAUUGAAAAUUUACUACCCUAUUCGAACGAUGAAGAAUUUGCUGGAUUCAUUGAGAAAUUCAGUAGUAAUUUAAGGCCCAUAUUCAACGAUCCGUUUGGGAGUCACGUGUUACAGCAAACGAUCGUCGUUUCAUAUCAGAAAUAUACAAAAUGUAAAGGAAAUAGUAAUGAAGAUGAUGAUGAUGAUGGUGUUAAACAAGAAAAUGAAGAUGAAAAAAAACUUUCGAUAAGAUUUUAUGAGUACAUAUUGAAGAUAUCACAAUUUUUAUUCAACAAUUUGUACGAUUUCAUAUGGGACACAUAUAGCAACGCGAUAGCAAGAACCGUAUUCAACGUAUUGAGCGGAAAUCCCAUCAAAGGAGAAAUCAAACCGGAAGAAAGAAAUAAGAAAACUUUGAUGAGAGUUCCACAGUGUUUUACAGAACUAUUGAAAAAGUUUGCAAAGAAAAUCAUGACACACCCACAAUUUGAUGACUUUUGCUAUCAGUCAACAAAUUCUGGACUACUGCAAAGUUUGCUAGUGGCACUAGGAGUCGACAGCCUGGAGAGAAGAGAAAUGAUACAACAAAUUUUGAAAAAUUAUGAAAAAAAUCAAGUGGAUUUACUAAAUGAGUGCAACGAACCCUUCUCGAGACUUUUGGAAGUCAUCGCUUCAAUUGGAGACAAAGGAACCGUUAAAACCAUUUACAAAAUGGUGGUCAAAGACAAACUUGUGGAUUUGUCCAAGUCGAAAUGUGGUAAUUUCCUUGUGCAGAAAUUAAUUGGGAAUUGCGAGAGCAAGAAAACUUUUGGGAAAAUAUUUGCCAAAAUCGAACCGGAAAUGGAAAACGUACUGAGUGAGGGAAACACUGGAGUUGUCCUUUCCAUCGUUAAAGCUUGCAGACGUUUGGAGAUUUGCCAAGGGGGAUGCAUGACGAUGCUGUCGAGAACGUUUCACGUGAAAGACGUCAAAGAUUUGAUUUUGUCCGUGUCGACGAUGACCCCGUGGGAAAAUUUCAACAUGGAAACGUUCACGUUCACACUUCACGGAUGUCUCGCAGUACAGGAAAUGCUUAAUUUUAAAAAACCCAUCAACCUCGUCAACGGUCUGUUGGAAAUGGAUGACUCAAUUUUGUUGAAAUUGUUGUGCGAUUCCAAAGGGUGUCACGUGACGGAUGCUUUCAUUGGUAGCCCUUACGUCGGAGAAAAGAACAAGGAUAAACUAUUUAGAAAAUUACAGGGUCGCUACUUGGAAUUGGCCACGUCAAAGUACGGUUCACGUUCUCUGGAUGCCAUUUGGUCCAACACAAGCCUGAAUCAGAAAACUAUUUUGGCCGAAGAAUUGUUGAGUCGCCAGAGCGAGUUGAACGGAAACGUCUACGGGAAAAAUUUCGGUUGGAAAAUUCAUCUGAACAAUUUUAGGAGAGACAAAGAGGAAUGGAUCAGACUGUACAGGAGUUCGGAAACGGCGGAAAAAGUUUUUGCAGAUAUACUCCUCCCGAAGAAACGUCAGAAAACAAGUUGA